CGCAGGAAGGGUGUGGGGGGCAGGGGGCAGGGAAGGCUGGGAUUUGGGGAGGUGCCAUGUGAGCAGCAUGGGGAACUGGGAAAGAUGGCCCCUCGGGGGCCUGGGGCCCGUGGGGCGAGCAACAGGGAGGGGAGAAGCUGGGACCCUAGGGGGACCACACCCACAGCUGCCCACUCGGCGACCCUCCUGCAGGACCAAGGAGACCGGAGUGGGGCGGUGACCCCGGCCAACAAGAGGUGCCAAGCCCUCGUCUCCAUGGCCCUUCCCCAGGGCCCGGAAGGUGACAGCCCCCCCACGGGGGACCCCAAGCCCUCUGAGGGCCCUGCGGGGCCCAGCCGCGCCACCCCGGUCAGCCCGGCAGUCGCCAGGCGGCGGCUGCUCCUGCAGGAGCUCGAGGCCCAGGUGCAGGCGGCCUACGGGCAGGACCGGGAGCUGCGGCCGGAGGAGAUAGAAGAGCUGCAGGUCGCCUUUCAAGAGUUUGACCGAGACCAGGACGGCUACAUCGGCUGCCGGGAGCUGGGCGCCUGCAUGCGGACGCUGGGCUACAUGCCCACGGAGAUGGAGCUCAUUGAGAUUUCCCAGCAAAUCAGUGGCGGGAAGGUGGACUUCGAGGACUUUGUGGAGCUGAUGGGCCCCAAGCUGCUGGCCGAGACAGCGGACAUGAUCGGAGUGCGGGAGCUGCGGGACGCCUUCCGAGAGUUCGACACCAACGGCGACGGCUGCAUCAGCCUGGGGGAGCUCCGAGCGGCCCUCAAGGUCCUGCUGGGGGAGCGCCUCACCCAGCGGGAGGUGGACGAGAUCCUUCACGACAUCGACCUCAAUGGGGACGGCCUGAUCGACUUUGAAGAGUUUGUGCGAAUGAUGUCUCGCUGAGCCUGCACAGAAGCUGGAGGCGGCGGAGGGGCCUCGGGACGACAGCCACUGCUCCCAGUGGGCCCUGCAAGCCCACCGCCUCCCGCUGGGACCCUCCGCC